GCGAGUUGUUCCAUGGAAGAAGACGACGGAAACUGUCAACUUUCUCUGUCGUGAUCACCUGCUGAAAUUUAACCAUGCCGUCCGAAGAGCAAAGCGAGGCCAGUAAGGCAGCUGAUGAGGAUGGCCAAAAGCUCAAAGAACUGUUUAAAAAGCUGGAUGUGAACCAAGAUGGUCGCAUUGACAUAGACGAUUUGACUAGUGCAUUGGAUACGAUGAAUGUGCCGCAAGUCCCAGAUCAUGCUCAGAAGGAAUAUGCACAGAAAUUGUUCUUGAAAUAUGACAAAGACAAGGAUGGAGAAAUUGACUUCUCUGAGUUUGUCAACUAUGUUCGGGAGCAUGAACAACAUCUCAAACUCUACUUCAAAAAGAUUGACACAAACGAAGAUGGUACAAUUGAUGUUUCUGAGAUUCGGGAAUCAUUCCGCAAACUUGGCGUUCACAUUGACACGGCUGAAGCUGAGAAACUGCUCAUGAGAAUGGACAAAGAUGGAACUCUGAAAAUUGACUGGAAUGAGUGGCGGGAGUUUCUGCUGCUGACUCCUGGCCAGAGCCUCAAGGACAUCCUGCACUACUGGAGGCAUUCAUCGAUUAUCGACAUUGGUGAGAACAGCUUGGUACCAGAUGACUUCACGGAGAAGGAACUGCAGACUGGGAUGUGGUGGCGCCACCUGGUGGCAGGAGGGGCCGCAGGGGCAGUGUCAAGGACAGCAACUGCUCCGCUAGAUAGGUUAAAAAUUCUACUGCAGGUUCACGGGUCCAGGAAGAACAUCAGUAUUAAGUCUGGCUUCCAGCACAUGUUGAAGGAGGGGGGAUAUAUGUCCAUGUGGAGGGGCAACGGCAUCAACGUCAUCAAGAUAGCACCUGAAUCAGCACUCAAGUUCAUGGCAUAUGAACAAAUCAAGACUUGGAUCAAAGGAGAUUCAAACCGAGAUAUUCAUGUGUUUGAGAGACUUCUGUCCGGAUCAGCUGCUGGGGCUAUCUCACAAACCAUCAUCUACCCCAUGGAGGUCCUGAAGACUCGCCUGGCCUUGCGGAAGACGGGACAGUACAAUGGUGUGUUUGACUGUACCAUGAAGAUCUUCAAACAUGAAGGCGCCAAGGCCUUCUACAAGGGGUACAUCCCAAACUUGCUAGGAAUCAUACCAUAUGCUGGAAUAGAUCUUGCUAUUUAUGAGACACUGAAGAAGUCAUACAGUGCAAGGAAUAAGAACAAGGACCCAGGCAUCUUUGUAUUGCUGGCGUGUGGAACUACCAGCAGUACUUGUGGCCAGCUUGCCAGCUACCCCCUGGCUCUGGUUAGAACAAGACUACAGGCACAAGCUAAGGCCGACGUGAAGGGCGGGAUUCCAGAUAAUAUGACAGGAUUGUUUAGGACUAUUAUACGUGAGGAAGGUCCUCGCGGCCUGUAUCGUGGCAUCACGCCCAACUUCAUGAAGGUGGCACCGGCCGUCAGCAUCAGCUAUGUUGUGUAUGAACAAGUCCGCAAAGCUCUAGGUGUCUCCAUGACAUAGGAUUUGACUCCGCAUCUGCAACAGCACUCCAGGACGUCGUCAGUCCAGUGAUUUCUAUCUGCUCAUAGUGUUGGACUUUUCAUGUCCAUAGUGUCAGACUCAUUUUAUCCAUAGGAAUUCAAAUACACCUCCUACGCAACUCAGCAUCUCUCUGUCUGCUUGCUACAAGGAGACAUGAAGCAGUGUUCUCUCUCCACCCACCUUGCAGGUAUUCCAAUGUCAUCCCAGUCAGGGUAAAACAUUUGAGGUACGGCUUCAGGGAUUUGUUUUUUUGGAAAAUCAUGUUUGUGUUUAUGUGUAAGUCUAUACUCUGCUGUCUUUCAUUCAAAUGCAGAGUAUAUCGAACUUUAACGUGUGUUCGUCUGUCUGUUGGUUUUGAUGUCUCCUUUCGGUUGAACCGUUCUCCGUGUAUGGAUUUUUAUUAAUUCAUACUUAUCUAUACUACUCAAAAGAAGUUUAGGACCACCCAGUUGUUAUUACUAUGGUUAACCUGUCAUGGCAUAAGAGAUGAACUAUUGUAAUGUGAAAGAAUCGGGUGGUCCUUAACUUCUUUUGAGUAGUUUAAAUUAUUACAAUUGUCAUAUUGGAAAGAAUAUGAAUGCUAAGUGAGUGAAAAUUAUUUUGCAGGAUAUGUGAACAAUAUAACAAGGAUUAACAGUGCUUGUCUUACAGUUGUUGUACAUUACUGCUGAGAUGGAGAACUACAUGCUCUGGUGUUCUGAACCCCUCAGAUUUGAGGGGUUCAUACUUCCUCCACUUGUUAUUGUUAACUAUAUUGUUAUGUUUGGAGAAGGAAUCCUUAUGACUGGAUCUUAACCUACUGUGCACAUGAUAUCUAUCUGUGAUCUGUUUCCUUGAGCGUGAUCUCAAUCUGUGAGAGGUGAGCUUGUUGUCCUCAUUAACAAAACCAUUGACAUGAUUUUUCUUACAUAACUGAUCGUCGAACACAAUCAUCAUACUUAAUUAUCCACAAUUCACACAGCCUUUGUCAACUUGACAUAGGUUUAUCUCAUGAAUUGUCUAAGUUGGAGGGAAAUGUCAUCGUUUUUUGUUGAGUUUGUAACACUUCAGCUCCAGUAUCUGUUCCGGAGCAUGUUUUUUUGGCUUUUGAAGAGCAUCACCAGAUAUCAUGCUGAGCACUAACUAAAGAAUACAAUUUAUGAAAUGAUCAUAAUAUUUCAGUUUGUAAAUAAAUAUUUCUCUAAUAAGGGAAACACUUUUAUUUUCAUAGGAAUAGUGACUUGAAAAUAAGGAUGGUUUGGUGAACUUGGAAAUAAAGAACAUAUUUGUUAUAAAA